AUGUCAUCACUAGAUACAAUCACAUUUGUUACGGGAAAUGCUAAUAAAUUAAAAGAAGUAAUAGCGAUUUUAUCAACUUCACCAUCAAAUGAAAAUAAAGUUGGGAAAUUUACAAUAACUAAUAAAUCAAUUGAUCUUGAUGAAAUUCAAGGAACUAUAGAAGAAGUAACUAAACAUAAAGCAGAAUCUGCUGCAAAAGUAAUAGGUGGGCCAGUACUAGUUGAAGAUACAUGUUUAGGAUUUAACGCAUAUAAUGAUUUACCUGGUCCUUAUAUAAAAUGGUUUGUGAGAUCCAUUGGAUUAACAGGAUUAGUUAAAAUGUUACAAGGUUUUGAAGAUAAAAGUGCAAAUGCAAUAUGUACAUUUGGAUAUUGUGAAGGUCCUGGAAAAGAAGUUUUGGUGUUUCAAGGUAGAACAGAAGGAGAUAUAGUAGAUAGUAGAGGUCCAACUAAUUUUGGAUGGGAUUCAAUUUUUCAACCAAAAGGUUUUAAAGAAACUUAUGCCGAAAUGGACAAAAGUGUGAAAAACACAAUAAGUCAUAGAUUUAGAGCAUUAGAUAAAGUAAGAGAUUUUUUAUUAAGUAAAUAA